AUGACCGAACAGCCUGCAUCUGUUGCCCGUGAGGCGAAAAGCAUACACCAAGCCUUGAAAGAAUUACUGAAGACGAAGGAACCCUUCGAUAAAGAGGUCGAUUUCCAGAGGAAGAACCUUAGAAGACGUUAUCUGAACUUGUUACUUGUCCACCCAACCGCGAAAGAGUCGAAAGAUGUCGAGAACCACCUUUGGAUGCAAACAUCCUAUGCAUUCAUAGCAUCGUACAAGCAGCGUAUCACUGCUCUCGAUCGCGCCAUGCAUAUCAACCAGCGCAACCACCUGCAACAGCAGGCCCAGCAGAGUCCGCCUGGGAAGCAGUUCCAUCAUGGAGUCGUCGAGCACCGCAAGCUUAUCCAGCGCUUUCGGCAGUUCCUCGCCGAUGAAGAAAAAUUCUGGACGCAGUUGGUGCUGCGCUUGCUUCGUCUAUUCAACCUCAACGAAGCACAGCCGGCACUCAUUGCCCUUGGACUGUUGAGUCAGACGGAUGACUCUGUGGGUGGUGUCACGUCCACCGACACCACUGAAACCCGUGAUGCAAUGAUGCACGGGCGUAAUCACUUCCAGUUCCCUCCGGAGGAUGCCAUGGUGUCUGUCAUCCCUGCGACGCAAAGCGAGAGGGAGGAUCGGCUGGCGACUCUCAGCAAAGCACUCAUCUGCCUGGGCGAUAUAGCGCGUUAUCGAGAACUGUAUAACGAGAGCAACGGCCGACCUCGGGUUGGGCAUGACGACAUGACUACGCCCAGAAGAGGGAGGAACAAACGCGGAGGUGCACCCGAGCUUCCAAUUCGACCCAGGAAUUAUGACAAGGCUCAGCAGUGCUAUGAGCAAGCCCGUUUACUUGUACCAUACGAAGGAAACCCAUCACACCAGCUCGCCAUUCUCGCAUCUUAUCAAAAGGAUUCGUUUGCGUCUCUUAUCCAUUAUUAUCGGGCCCUGUGUGUGCGACAGCCGUAUGACACGGCCGCUGAAAAUUUAAACACCGUGCUCACGAAGGCUCUGGAAGUAUGGCGACAACGAAUGAGGCGAGAGCGUGACAAGAGUGGGGCGAACGAUUCGUCGCUUCCACCAAGGGCGAGAGUCGAGCUGUUUAAAGAGAGGGUCGUGGUUCUGCAUGCACUAUGGCGCGUUGGAAUGGAAAAGGGUCUUGAAAAGAUGCGGUCGAUCUCUCCGAAGCACAACGAGAAGGUCUCUCAUGAUUUCUACGGCCUCGUCUCUGACCGCCACCUCCCUAUUGACAUGAUCUCCAACACAAUAGUCCUGUCUCAUGGCGCGUUGUGGAAGCAUCGUAUGAUUCGCGACACGACCACGUCCUCUCAUCAUAGAAAGACCGAAGCUGUUCCACCAGCCCCCGGAACUGCGUCCAUCAUCGAAUGGAGUCUUCUUGACCAUCUUCUUGACCUCCAUUUUGCCUUAUUAGAAGUCGGCAAAGAGGAGCUCAAAGAUCCGCCUCCGAUGGAGGCCGUUGACGAUCUGGCACAGAGGAUCAGCGCCACGUUCCGACGAACUCUUCCGGCACUCAGAAUUGCGAGCAAGUGGCUUAACGCGAACUUCAAAUACGUCGCCCAAGAUCAGGAGUUUGUUGCCUUCCAGGAGAAAGAAAGGGCCAAAGGGCUUGAAAUAAGCAAACGGUCAUCGGAGAAGAUCAGCGGAUACUCGACCAAAACUAAGCGUUUCUGGGAAACCUACGCCGAUUUUAUGCGCUCGCUGUCGAGAGCUUUCCCUGCUCAGAAGUUGCCCAAGUUUGAUGCUCCGUUGGAGGAAGAUAUUGAGAUGCGGGGUUUCUUGCCCUUAAGAAACUUGAUGGGAGAAAAGAAGGACGCUGAGAAGAGUCUAGCAGAUGACCAUGCAAGAGAACAGGUCCAUCCCAAUGUCGAACAGCUCAUGCGGAUCUCUGAUUUGUUGGACGACGCAAGAACAUUGGCUGAGAUGGAGAAUUCCCCUAUAUCGAUCAUGAACAACGUUAUCACGUUUAAGUUCGGAAUCGUCGAAGACGUCCGCCCGCCAUCUCAUCCAGAAAUGACACAGAAUGCCGGUGAUAACGCCGUACCAAUCCGCCAGCAACAGUUGCUGGCCAACAUUAGAGACAACAGCCUGAAUUUGCAUCCCAAUCGCGAUCCUGAUGGCGACGACAUGACAGAGCUUACCAGCCGUACGGAAGACGAUCCCGUCCGUGCUGCCUUCGAUCACUUGAACAAGGCUGAGAACCUCAUCGACGACGACGAGGUCGAGGAAGAUGAAAUAGUAUAUAUGAGGUCAAGUUUCUCGAGUCUUUCUCCUAGCCUGUCUCCAAUGCUUCAUGCGACGCCUGUCACUCCUGUCAAGCCCAUGCUCAGCCCGAAGAACGUUUCUCCAAGAUCACCGACUCAUUAUCAGCCCGUCAAAAUCCCACCGUUUAACCUCCCAGCUGCAGCCCCACCACCACCAGUCACAACCGCUGAAGACCUGCUCAAAGGCGUGAUGGGUCUCAGCAGGACUGGUGCUACCCAUCUGCCCGUGCCCGUGACAACAGAGUCCACCGCCCCGCAACCGAAAUUCUUGUUCGGUAACGAGCUAUCCCAUCGUCCUACUCAAUCUAUAUGGUCUGCGUCUCGCGAUGAGCAACCUUUGUCUCUACCCGCUCGCAACGGAGCUAGUUUUGACGCCGUUGGUGGUCCUGUCGCCACUCCCAGCGCCAUAGGGCAUAUAUACCAGACAUCGAAUCACCAAAUCACCGGAGGCCUGGGUUCUCAGGACCUGUCGCAGCCGUCGAUAUGGUCCUCGUCGUAUCCAAGCCAGUCGUCCCAGAAUUCACAGCAUAACCUCGUCGGUGCUCUUCCCUCGGCACCCUUCGCCCAACCACCGCAGUCCAUCAUCGGCAGCGGUCUGGCUCAUGGCCACCACCGGCGAAACCCUUCUGCCUCUGUCGCGGCUCAGCUCUUCCCAACUCACGCUCAGAUACAGCAUGACCCCUUCGCCUACUCAACCCCCAUCCAGCAACCUCCAAUUCAUAGACCAGAGCCUCCUCUCUCGCUUUCGUCAAGCUAUUUGAGCUCUACCGUGGGCCAUAGCCCUACUGUCGGAGGGUUUUCGAGUUCCCAGGCGCAAUAUUAUACCACGACGAAUCCAGGUGCAGGUUACCAUACGAGACACCUCUCGAUUCAUGACCCCCGCCUUGGUCAGCAGAGUUAUAUGCCGCCUCCUGCUGCUAUGCCGCAAGUGUGGGGCAAUACCGGAUAA